GCUAGCUAGCUAAAGAUUGCAGCAGCUUACUAGCUGCCUUGAAAUGUGCUACAAAACGUGUGAAGUCUGAUGCCAGCUAAGUGUUAUCUUUGUUGUAUUCUAGCUAGCAGUAUUCAGGUUAAUUGUUACUGCAAAGACUGACAGGUCUGCUGUCACUCUUGUUGAUAAUGCAGAAACGGAUUCAUUGUACGGCCUUUCCCAUCUAGACAUUUCCUGAUAACUAUCAAUCAUAACAUACUCUAACGUUAAGGGACAGGUAUUAGCUAAUUUAGCUAGCUAGCUGAAGCUUUCAGUUUUUUUUCUGACGGGUGUGGCAUCAUGUGAUUUCCUCAAUCUGUGCUGAUGAGCAGGAGAUCCAUUCCCUGACUGCUGAGAUCGAGAGCCUGAAGAACCCACAGAGCCUGGGCUUGUCCUCACACUUGGAUGGGCUGAGAGAGGAGAAUGCCAAGCUCAAAUACCGCCUCAACAUCCUCAAAAGGAGUCUACAGGAAGAGAGGAGCUAGUGCAGUAAGACCAUGAUGAACAUCAACCAGCGUCUUCAGGAGAUCUUUGGUGAGGCCAUCCGGGAGGCCUGGCCUGACCUGGAGAACCCUCCCCUGGCCGUCACCCCCAACCAGCAGGCCAAAUUUGGGGACUACCAGUGUAACAGCGCUAUGGCCAUGGCCCAGGUGAUGAUGAAAUCAAAGGGCCUGAAAGUGAACCCCAGGGAGAUCGCUGAGAAGAUUCAGCAGAACAUUCCAGACAAUGAGCUCAUUGAGAAGACCGAAAUUGCUGGACCAGGGUUCAUCAAUGUUCACCUUAAGAGAUCGUUUGUGUCCAAACUGCUGACCAACCUGCUACUCAGCGGUGUCCAACCUCCUCCCUUAGAGAGCAAGAAGAAGGUGGUUGUGGAUUUCUCAUCUCCAAAUAUGGCUAAGGAGAUGCACGUAGGUCACCUGCGCUCCACCAUAAUCGGGGACAGCAUGUGUCGCCUGUUUGAGUUCCUAGGCUACGACGUGUUGAGGCUGAAUCACGUGGGGGACUGGGGCACCCAGUUUGGCAUGCUUAUCGCUCACCUGCAGGACAAGUUCCCAAACUACCUGACCGUGUCCCCUCCCAUUGGAGAUCUGCAGGCAUUCUACAAAGAGUCUAAGAAGCGUUUUGACGAGGAGGAGGACUUUAAGAAGAGGGCCUACCAGUGUGUGGUCAAGCUGCAGAACAAAGACCCAGCCUUCAUCAAAGGAUGGAACCUCAUCUGUGACGUUUCCAGGAAUGAAUUGCAGAAGGUCUACAACUGUCUGGACAUCCAGAUCAUCGAGAGAGGAGAGUCCUUCUAUCAGGAGAAAAUGAUCGCCGUGGUCAAAGAGUUUGAGGCCAAAGGCCUGGUGGAGAUGGACGAGGGACGUAAGAUAGUGUUUGCCCCGGGCCAACAGAUCCCCCUGACGGUGGUGAAGUCUGACGGGGGCUACACAUACGACACUUCAGACCUGGCCGCCCUGCGCCAGCGGCUCUUUGACGAGAAGGCAGACAUCAUCAUCUACGUGACGGACAGCGGCCAGGGCACCCACUUCCAGGUGGUGUUUGCAGCGGCUCAGAUGAUUGGCUGGUACGACCCCAAGGUGACACGAGUGGAGCAUGCUGGCUUUGGAGUGGUGCUGGGAGAGGAUAAGAAGAAGUUUAAGACUCGGUCUGGGGACACGGUGAGGCUGAUGGACCUGCUGGACGAAGGCCUGAAGAGGUCCAUGGACAAACUCAAGGAGAAAGACAGAGACAAGGUGCUGAGCACAGAGGAGCUGACCAAGGCCCAGCACUCGGUGGCGUUCGGCUGCAUCAAGUACGCCGACCUGUCUCACAACCGCAUCAACGACUACGUGUUCUCCUUCGACAAGAUGCUGGAUGACCGGGGCAACACGGCCGCCUACCUGCUCUACGCCUUCACCCGCAUCAGGUCCAUAGCCCGGCUGGCUAACAUCGACGAGGUGGCGCUCCGUAAAGCAGCAGAGACCACGGAUGUGCUCCUGCAGCACGACAAGGAGUGGAAGCUGGGCAAGUGUCUCAUCCGCUUCCCUGAGAUCCUGCAGAAGAUCCUGGAUGACCUCCUGCUCCACACGCUGUGUGACUACCUGUACGAGCUGGCCACCACCUUCACAGAAUUCUACGACAGCUGCUACUGCAUCGAGAAGGACCGCCAGACCGGUGAGGUGGUGAAAGUGAACAUGUGGAGGAUGCUCCUGUGCGAUGCCACUGCCGCCAUCAUGGCUAAAGGCUUCGACAUCCUGGGCAUCAACCCGGUUUCCAGGAUGUGACUUCAGUGACAUCACCAUGCCCUCCUCCCAACUCCUCAGACUACAAGGGGUGGGGACUCUUCAACCCAUUGUCACCUGGGAUUUUACUGUAUACUAAUUAAAAUAAACUGCUUGUAAAAAGUUUUUAAAAAAUG